UUCAGCUCGGAGUUCGGCGCACUUGUCAGACACUCAGCUGCGGUCAUGAGAGCAACAGGUCGCUGAAAGGGAACCUCUGACCCGUUUCUUGAGGAUAGUUUGCGGUUUCUUCUGAAGACAGACUGUGAGGAAAAAUACCGGAAGACUGUCGCGAGCCUGCGGUCGUUUUCUCCGGCUCUUUGUUCUAAUGGACUCCCCGGUGUGAGACGCACUUUGAGUGUGAGUAAGACUGAGCGCAUAUCGAUGGAUCUAAACAUGGCAGCACCCACAAACUAGGAGUUUAAGUUUGUCAGUGUGGAGAAAAAAGUAGGAGGUAAAAGCGAAAGAGGAGGAUACGUUUUGGACUCUGGUUGCCAUCAGCACAGAUGGGUGAGACGGAGGAUGAGCGCACAGCUCAGGCCAGCCAGCUCUUUGAGAACUUUGUCCAGGCGUCCACCUGUAAAGGGACUCUGCAGGCCUUUAGCAUCCUGUGCAGGCAGCUGGAGCUGGAUCCUCUGGACUACAACAACUUUUACAGCUCACUGAAGGCUGCAAUCAGCUCCUGGAAAGUCAAAGCCUUAUGGACAAAACUGGACAAAAGGGCACAGCAGAAGGUGUAUAACCAGAAUAAAGUCUGCCAAGGCACAAAGUGUCUGAUCAUCGGUGGGGGCCCGUGUGGUCUGCGGACCGCCAUCGAGUUGACCCUGCUGGGCUGUAAAGUGGUGGUGAUUGAGAAGAGGGACACUUUCUCCAGGAAUAAUGUGCUCCACCUCUGGCCCUUCACCAUUCACGACCUCAGGAGUCUCGGGGCCAAGAAGUUCUACGGGAAGUUCUGCGCAGGCGCAAUCGACCACAUAAGUAUCCGCCAGCUCCAGCUGAUGCUGCUGAAACUGAGCCUGAUUCUGGGAGUAGAGAUCCAUGUCAAUGUGGAGUUUGUAAAGCUUGUGGAGCCUCCAGAGGAGCAGAGUGAUAACAGUCCUGGGUGGCGGGCAGAGGUCCGGCCCUCCAGCCAUCCCGUCUCAGACUUUGACUUCGACGUGGUGAUUGGUGCUAACGGCUGCAAAAACACAUUAGAUGGUUUUGCUCGCAAGGAGUUUCGAGGGAAGUUGGCCAUCGCUAUAACAGCCAACUUUGUCAACAGGAACACCACCGCAGAGGCCAAAGUGGAGGAAAUCAGUGGUGUGGCCUUCAUCUUUAACCAGAAGUUCUUUCUGGAGCUCAAGGAGGAGACAGGAAUUGACUUGGAGAACAUUGUUUACUACAAGGACAACACCCACUACUUCGUGAUGACGGCGAAAAAACAGAGCCUGCUGGACAAAGGGGUCAUCAUAAAUGACUACAUUGAAACGGAGCGACUGCUGAAUCCUGACAACGUCAACCAGGAAGCGCUGCUCUCCUACGCCCGUGAAGCUGCUGACUUUGGCACAAACUACCAGCUACCAUCGCUGGACUACGCCAUCAACCAUUACGGACAGCCAGAUGUGGCCAUGUUUGACUUCACCUCCAUGUACGCUUCUGAGAACGCCGCAUUGAUCAGGGAGAAACACGGACACCAGCUGCUGGUUGCUCUGGUGGGAGACAGUCUGCUGGAGCCCUUCUGGCCGAUGGGUACAGGCUGUGCUCGUGGUUUUCUUGCUGCCUUUGAUACCGCCUGGAUGGUGAGGGGCUGGUCACAGGGAAAGAGCCCCCUGGAGAUACUAGCAGAGAGGGAGAGUAUUUACCGUCUGCUGCCUCAGACCACCACAGAGAACAUCAGUAAAAACUUUGAACAAUACAGCAUUGACCCUUCUACCCGUUACCCCAACCUCAACUCCACCUGUGUGCGUCCACAUCAGGUGCGUCACCUGUUCAUAAACGGACAGCAGGACUUUGGUCAGGUGGAAAAAGGGGCUCCAACACGACGAUCAGUCAACCUGUCCAGGAGAGAGUCCGAGGUGCGUCCUGGCCGGCUGCUGACCUGGUGUCAGAAGCAAACGCAGGGCUACAGAGGUGUGGAUGUCACCAACCUCACGUCUUCCUGGAGGAAUGGCCUGGCGCUCUGCGCUCUCAUCCAUUGCCAGAGGCCUGAACUCAUUGAUUUUGACUCUCUGAACGAGGAGGAUGUGGCCGGGAACAACCAGUUGGCAUUUGACGUGGCUGAGCAGGAGUUCUGCAUCCAGCCAGUGACCACAGGAAAGGAAAUGGCUGCAGAGGCCGAACCGGACAAGCUGCUCAUGGUCCUCUACCUCUCCAGAUUUUAUGAGACCUUCAGGAACUCUCCUGGAAACAACAAUGUUUCAAAAUUGGCUGAUGAAAAUGGUGAAGAAUAUUCGCCUAAAAACAACCACAAACUGCAGAACUUGAUUCAGCCCAGAAAGAGGAUACCCAGGGAUGACAAGAAACUGGAAGAUGAUUCUGUCAAUAAGAGGCGGCGGAAGGGGAGCAAUUACCUCAACGAGUUGUCCUGCCACAGUGCUCCCCCUGUUGGUGAAGAUGGGGACCUUUGUGAGAACAAGGUCCGAUCCAUGGCAACUCAGCUGCUGGCCAAAUUUGAGGAGAACUCCUCAACAGCAAAGACACGCACCAAGCAGUCUGAGGACCCAUCCAGUGCUUCCUCUUCUCCUUCUCUGUCUUCUUCCAAUACCCCAUCUCCUUCCUCAGAUGAGAAUGAGGAAGAAGAGGAGGAGGAAGAAAACCCCCGUUUUGUAAAACCCAAAGUCACCCCUCCUCUUUCUCCUCAGCCUCCGCCUCCUCGCCCCAAGUGGCAGCCUUCUGUCUAUCUUCGGUUAUUGGAGAAUCCCAGUCCUGUCGCUCAGCAAACCAGUUUCCUCUCUUCCCCCACAUCCUCUCACACUCAGAACAACUACAGUCGCUCUCCAUCACCAUCCAGCUCGAACCCAUUAAGUUCUCCUUACUCACCGAGCCAUAGUGUCACUGAAGCCUAUCACCCAGAAUGCACCUCUCCUGACUCCCAAACCAGUCGUUUCCCUCUUCCUGCUCUGUCUGCUUCAGGUGCCGAUCAGUCCUCUGAAACGUCCGAGGACUCUGUGCAGCAGAAUCAAAACAAGAGGUUGUCGACUAGAGAGUUUUCAUGGAGGAGUAUAAAGGAGAGAGCUGGGCUGCUCUCCUCCAUGUUUAAUGGGUCCCACAAACCAUCUGCUCCUCUUUCUGUGCCUCAGGUGGAAUUAUCUACCUCUUUUCCUUCCUCUUUGACACCACCUCCUCCUGCACCUCCUCUGUCUGUAUCUAAGAGCUCCACCAUCUACUCUGUGGUCCACCCUGUCCCUGACCCUACUGCCCAAGCCGGUUUCACCUCAGUUUCCCUCAACAUUCCCGGAGACAAGGACAAGACACAGAUUCACUUGUCCACUCAUCUGUCCCACACUGACUCUGAAAAAACUAAGCAAAUCUCCUUCAUGUCCACCUACAAAACAUCUGCUCCCAUUUCUUCACCUUGUGUCAGUGAAAUUCAGAAGAUCUCAACUAACCGUGAUCUAGACGAGAAAAACGAAAGUUCACAAAAUGAUAUGGAUAACGAGCCAGAGAGGGUCCACAAAGUCGCUCAGGAGGCGUUUGAUGAGAGAAAAUUAGCUAAAAAUGAUCACAUGAAGAGCACUGAGGGCUGUGAUGUUGAGAGCCAAAGAAGACCUCCAAAAUCAGUUGUUCGCUCUGAGAGUUGUCCCACUGGAGCUGCUAGUUACAGUAAAGAGCGUACAGUUGGAAAGGUUUCAUCCACCAUAGAUGCUAAAGCUCAGAUUCUGGCCAUCCUCUAUGAAACAGACCACAGGCCCAGUGCUGCGCCGUGUGUGGGACGUAGGGAAUUUCCUCCUGGGCUCGGUGGAAGCGACAUCUGCCACUUCUGCACCAAGCGGGUCUACGUGAUGGAGCGACUCAGCGCCGAGGGUUUCUUCUUCCAUCGCGAGUGUUUCCGUUGUGACGUUUGUAACUGCACUCUCCGUCUGGGAGGACACACAUUUGACUCGCGGGAGGCAAAAUUCUACUGUAAGAUGCAUUAUGCCCAGCGCCAGUCCAGCACUCACCAGGCCAGGUUCAGGAGCAGAAUGGAAGAUCAAAACUGCAUCAACCCCCCGUCAGUGGACAGCGGGAUCUGCUCCACCUCAGGCACUGUCCACGUGCAACCCCAAGGUGGAUUGUCCAGCCUGCAGUCAGAGCAGCUUGACAAAGGUCACAAGAGACAAUUUGAGGAUACAGAGAUGGCUGUUGAUGCUCUGGAUUCUUCUUGUAUAGUCAGACCCUCAAAGGAAGAUGGUACCACAGCUCAAGGCCAAAACCAGGACAGCAGUAAAGGUCAGUGUAACACCAAAAAUAACAACCGAUGGAAAUGGAAGAUCCGUGCAACCUUCCCUCUGAUCUUCAUCAAGCACGGUCAGAGAAACUUUCCACCAGACAAAGAAGGAACAGAAACCACCUUAGAAGCUGACUUGGAAGAAGUCGCCUCUGCUGGAAAACAAACUGACUUCAAAACAUCAGCAAAUACCCAGAAUCCCUCAGAGGGAAGCUAUGAGGCCCCAGCUGUGAUAAAGUCCGUCUGCAACAAGCCCACCCAGAGGAAACGGUUGACGUUGUCAGUUACUGAGAAAGAGAAGCUCGUAAACUUGGAUGUGGAUCUUAAACAAGAAGAAACUCCCAAUAACAGCAUCAACACAAACCCAGAUCAACACACUGACCAGGUCCAAACAGAAGUCGAUAAGCCUCAAACGAACCCGAGCCAGGAUGGAGGAGCACCCUCAGCAUCUUCCCCAUCAGCUCUCCAGAUCAUUGCAAACGCCUUCAGGAGGAUGUUUAAUGGGAGCAAUCACGCCAACAGCUCCAACACUGCAGUCGUAAUGAGACCCAAACGUGAUGGCCCCCGCAAACAGAGGCCUUUGUCUGAAGGAGCUUUUAGCUUUAUCUCGGCCUUCAGCCCUGUGACGCCGGAGUCUACCAUGGAGGAGAGGAGGGCCAGCAUGCAAGACCCCGGGUGGGCAUCGGUGGAGGCAGAUCCAUGGGGGGCAGGCCAAGACCUGCCUUCCUUGUUGCAGCAGGUGUCCCUAAAGAGCCUGAGAGACUCUGAAGGUGCACUUUCUAACAACACUAAAUCCCUUUCCUGCAAAAGGGUCAACUUGUUCUCUUCACUGAGACUGAGGAAGAGGGAGUCGUCUGAUACUGAAGGGAGGGAUCAGGAGGUCCAAAAAGAAAUUACAACACUCCUCUCCAACCUCAGGAACAAAGCUUCCAGUCAGCAGAAGCUGGAGGAGCUCUCCUCAAGUGAUGAUGAAAAUGAUAACCGGACAUCCACCCUCAAGCUCUCUUCAGAGAAACUGAUAGAAAAGCAGGAAAUGAUGGUAGCCCAGCAGGCUAAACGGGAGCAGCUGAAGAGGCUGCACAGAGCUCAGGUGAUCCAGAGACAACUGGAGGAAGUUGGAGAGAAACAACGAGACAUAGAAGAAAGAGGAGUGGCAAUAGAAAAGAUAAUAAGAGGAGAAACAGACUCGCCUCAGUCAGCAGACAGCGACGAGGCCCAACUCUAUCAGUCCUGGUUUAAACUCGUUCUGGAAAAGAACCGACUGUCACGCUAUGAGUCUGAGCUCAUGAUUUUUGCUCAGGAGCUUGAACUGGAGGACACCCAGAGUCAGCUGCAGCAGGAUCUAAGACAUCGACUGACAGUAGAGGAUACAAAGAAGAGUGCCUCUGAGCUGCAGGAGGAGCAGGAAAUCCUGGCUGAGAUCAUGAGGACAGUGGAGAAGCGGGACAUGUUGGUGUCCAUAGUGGAGGAGCGGAGGCUGAAGGAGCAGGCUGAGGACAAGGACUUGGAGAGCCUUGUAUUGUCUAAGGGCUACGAGUUUCACUGGGCUCAGGGGAAGGACAGCUGGACGCAGGAGAAGCUGGAGUGAGCAAAGGCUGCUGAGCACUUCACUGUUAAGGAUAAUAAGUAAACGAUAGAUUUGAUGAAAUUUUUGCAUCUGGCUUAUUCUUGUAAAACUGUAAAUCUAGAGAAUGUUGAAAGGAUGGAAAUAUCUUAGUCAUUUAUUCAUCUGAAAAGAGGUAUGAUGAGUUUAAAGAAUAUGGGAGAUAAGAAAUAGAGCUUGUUUUACAGUUGCUAUGGUUAUUUGACCUUUCUGAUCUUGCUGAUCUGAAACUGUAACAAUAUCCUUAAUUUCUUGUGACAAUGUGACUGGCUGCCUUGUACACUUUUGCACUUUUCAUAACACUGACUGCCUAAUAACUGGCUGCUCUACUGUAUGUGGCUGGACUGAAUAAUUACUGUAUAGCUUCAGUUGAGUGCAUGACUCAUCUGUUGACAUUUUAGUCUUUUGCACUGUGUGAAUUGUUCUAAAUUUGUGCACAAAUUUACAUUCUGUUGUAUUUCUACAUGUUUUAUGUUGCUUCAAGUCUUUAAUAUGAAAAAGAAUCUUCAAUAAAAAUGAAUUUUCACAUUUGAAAA